AUGGUGAGCCCGAGCCCCGUGCCGAGGGCACCGGCGCCCACCGGCAACCGCGGCUGUGCCCGGCAGCCCCCGGGGCGAGCUGCUUUCUCCGCGGAUCCGGCGGCCUGCUUCUGCAACCCCGAGCACUUUGCAGGCGGUUUUGAGGGGGGACGCCGCCCCCUGGUCCCCCGGCCGCGGCCCCCUACUCUCCGCCCCCUCGGGUCGCCGCCGCCGCCGCCGCCGCGGCUGCUGCAAAAGGGCGCUCGCACGCACCGCGGAGCUCCGGGGAAAGCGCCCGGCGCGCGUUUGCAGGACCGGCAGCGGAGCUCAGCCGCGCGGCGCCGCCUCCCAAGGUGUUUUCGCCGCGCCCGCCCCCGGGGACGAUCCUCGGCCCGCGUCCGUCCAAGUACCUGCCCCAGUCCCCGGGCCGGUCGUCGGGCCACUCGAGAGCCCCUCCUGGGCUUCGCGGGCUUCCCGAAGCUCGCACCCGCAGCCCCACCCCCUCCGGGCGAGCGCCCUUCGCGGAUGGAGGUCACCGAAACAGGCGGCUGGCAGCGUGCGCUCUGCCCACCGGCUGGGAUGCGAGGACCACCGCCCAGAGUCCCCGAUUACAAGUCCGCACCCCUGCCCAUCUCCUCCCUGGCCGACUCCGCUUCUUCCUCGGAGGCUCGACGGCUCCUCCUUGCCCAGGACAGCUCCGGCAAACCCAGCCGCAUCGCAUCCCGAGUCCUAGGACACUGUUCUUUUUUUUGGGGGGGGGGGGCCGAGUGCGAUGUGCCCCCUGGCUAG